UUCCCACACCCAUUCUCUGACAUAAAAAUCCCCCAAAUUAAAUUAACAAAGGUACACACACCUCCAUAAACACAUCAUUCUAAAAUACGACUCCUAAUUAACAAAACCUUGAAUCAACAACCGCAACAUUUCCCCCAAAGCUGCGAUUGCGCAAAAAAUAAAACCGCAAUCAACAAUUCAGUUCCGUCGAGUCUUCCGACUUUCCUGCUUCCAAAACCGGCCGAAUCAAUAACCACGUCGAGAUGAACCCAGAAAACCAGAUCCUGCAAGCCAACGCCGCUUUCACCAAAAACCUUUACGCAAUUCUGGCGCGCAAAAAAGGUAACGUUUUCUUCUCGCCCAUCAGCAUCCAUGCGGUUCUUUCCAUGUUGCACCAAGGCGCACAAGGAGACACGGCGCAAGUGUUAGCGCACACCUUGAACAACCCGGACGCUAAAUCAACAGCGGAAGGAUACAGGGCCGUAACAAAACGCUUGAAUGCGUUUAAGCAGGUCACGCUGUUGACGGCCAACAAAAUCUACGGAGUCGAGGGAGAGGCGAAGGUGCGGAGCGAGUUCGCGAAAGGGAUCGAGGAGAGUUUCAAAGGAGAGUUCGAGGAGUUGAAGGUGGAAGAUGCGGCGAAGGCGGCGAAGAGCGUGAACGACUGGGUGGCGGAGAAGACGCAGAAGAACAUCAAGAGUAUCGUGAACGAAGCGAUGUUUAAGAAGAAUUUGAGUCUUUUGGUGGUCAACGCGAUCUUCUUCAAGGGGGAAUGGGUGUCGAAAUUUAAAGAGAAUUUUACCAAAGACGAUGAGUUUUUCGUGGAGGAGAAGAACUCGGUUGGGGUGAAAAUGAUGCACCAGAAGGGGAACUACUGGUACGUGCAAGACGAGGAACUGGACGCUCAAAUCAUAGAAAUACCAUAUAAAGGGUUCGAUGUGAAGAUGAUGGUGAUUUUGCCCACGGAGAACGAUAUAGAGAAGCUGGAAGCCAAAUUGGCCAAAACUGAUUUUGGUAAACUUGGAAAAAAUUCCAAAUUGACGGAUGUCCAUCUCUAUUUACCAAAAUUCAAGAUGGAGGAGACGAUUGAGCUGAAUAAUGUGUUGUCUGAAAUGGGUUUAAAGUCCAUUUUUGACAUCAAAGAGGCGAAUUUUAAGGGCAUCUUUGAUACCACGAGUCUUAAAGAUAAUAUUUUUGUGAGCGAUGUGGUCCAGAAGGCGUUCAUAGAAGUGAAUGAAGGAGGGACAGUCGCGGCAGCAGCCACAAGAGCAGCUAUGGUGCUCGGCUGCGCCCCCACCAAGUCCCAGCCCGUCACGUUCAAAGUGGACCACCCCGCCGUGUUCAUGCUGCUCGCCGCCCACGGCAAAGACGCCGACGCCUCCAGCAUUCUCUUCUACGGCCGCCUGUCCCACCCCCGCCACUAAGCAACAAACCAAGACUGCUACUCGGAAGAUUAUAUUUUCUCAUUAUACAUGUAAACUUAACCCCAAACCCUCACGUUCUGGUCCCAGCUGGCCGUAACCACGGCGAUCCCGCUCUGGGCCACCGACAGCGAAGUGACCCUGUUCUCGUGCCCAGACAACGUCCCGUUAUGCUGGUUCUUCAGCGUGUCCCACAUGUGGACGUUGUUGUCGUCCGAGCCGCACAGCAAAAUUCGGCCGCUGAGGGACAAACCGCAAGAAGUGAAACCGCUGCUGGCCGACGGCGGCUUGAAGAGCGCGAUCUCCUGGUCGCUGCGGAUGUCGAACAUUCGAGCGGAUUUGUCCUCGGAACCGGUAGCGAAAGCGUAACCGCUGGGGUGGAACUGCAACCAAUCGGGCGAAAAAGUGCUUUAUCAUGUGCCUAAGAAGUCGUACAUCAGCUGCUAGUUUUGGCAAGUUUUGGGAGUCCAGGGGGAAAUAACCUAGUCGACAUAGUGUAAAUGGAGUUGAUGGAUUGAUUGCUGAUGUACAACCUAUUUUGACUGUUUUUGCGCCAAAUUUUCGAUUUGUGGAUUUUGUAGUUUAGAAGUUUUCAAUAAAAUUGUGGUUUGUUGUUUUUUGA